CGGAAGUACAUAAAUAUGGCCGCCUCCAUGCGAAACGUGUUGUAAUUAUAGUUAAAAAGAUUAUUUGAUAACACGUGCUCUUUCAAGAUAUUUGAACCAGCUGCUUAGAAUGGAAGAAGAGAAUUUUCCAAGAGGAGGUGUAAAGAAGGCAGAAGGAAAGAAGAAUAAAAAAGAACCGAAUUUGUUUCAGGACAUUUCUCAGGGGUCAGAUACAAAGAAAAAACAGAAGAAGCAGAAAAAAGGAGGAAAAGCAAAUAAAGAUGGUGGGUCAGAGAGUAAGAAGAAACAUAAAAUGGAAGGACAAGUUUCCGGUCAGAUGGGGCAAGAGCAGCCACAGUUUCUCUCCAAAAAGUUUCUAUACCCAGGAAUGCUGAUGCUUGGCUAUGUGAAACAGAUAAAGAACUAUGCUCUGAUGAUGGCCCUGCCUAAUGGCUUAUCAGGGACAGUACCUAUAACUAACAUAUCACAGGCUUACACAGAAAGUCUACAGAGGUUUUCGGAAGCUCAGGAUGAUAAUGUUGAGAAUGUAAGCACAUUGGCAGAGUUAUUCAAGGUUGGUAUGGUGAUGCCAUGUAAGCUGACAGAGCUUGACAAAAAUGCUGACAGUAAAUCUCUGACACUGACUAUAAAUCCGAAAGAUGUGAAUGGUGAUCUGUCAGCUUCCAGUCUCCGACAUGGAAUGUGUGUUUAUGGAAACGUGUCGAGUCAAGAAGACCAUGGUUAUAUUAUAGAUAUUGGUGUUAAAGGUGUACAGGUGUUCCUGAAGAACAAACAUGCCUCGAGAUACAUACAGCUGUACAAUAAUGAUAAUCCACUUGGUGUUGGUCAGUGUUUGAUGUGCAAGAUAAAGAUGAAAGGUGACAGAAUGUCUGUUUUGACUGGACAGAAUCGAGUCGUAAAUGUUACCAUAGACCCACUGGAACUGAAGAAUGUAGAGGGCACAGAAGUCAGCGAUGUUCAAUUUACGUCACUUGUGCCGGGGAUGAAAGUUCAUGCCAAAGUGGAGAAGGUAGUGAAAGAUGAUGGUAUAGUGGUAGAGUUUCACAAGCUGAGGGGGUUGAUACAUAAGUCACAUCUUCCUAAACCGCCAGGCUCUUACAGCCAUGCUCAACAGGUUACCUGCUGUAUCUUGUACAUACAUCCACUGAUUAAAGCAGUCACCUUGACAUUGUUACCACACCUAACUGACUAUGUUGGUGUCCCAACUGGUCUGUUUGGAAAGGUCAAGGUCGGACAAACUAUUGAAGAAGCCACUGUGAAGAAAACUGAAAAGAAGCGUGGAGUUUUUCUAGAUCUGCAAAACAACAUUACAGGAUUUGCUGGGAUGAGUAAUUUAAGUGAUGAUAAUGUAGAGAACGUACAACAAGCCUUCAAGAAAGGUUCAACUCACAGAUGUCGGGUGUUAGGAUUUUACCCAAUGGAGGCACUUGUAAUUGUUACAAUGAAACAGAGUGUAUUAGACGAGAAGUAUAUGAGGAUAACAGAUGUAAAGCCAGGCGAUAUAUUAGAUUGUAAAGUGAAGAAGUUGGAGAAGAAAGGGAUCAGUGUUGAAGUACACAAGGGAAUCAUGGGAAUGAUACCCACAAUGCAAAUGGCAGACGUAACACUGCAACAUCCAGAACAGAAAUUCAAAGCAGAUGAUAAAAUCAAAUGUAGGGUAUUGUUUGUAAACAAGAAGCGUUCAAACGUGACCUUGACCCACAAGAAAUCUCUGAUAAAUAGUAAAUACCCGGUGAUCUCGAACUACCACCAGAUAGAGGUUGGACAGAUACUCGAGGGUUAUAUCUCGGCUAUCAAAGACUUUGGAUGUUUUGUCCGAUUCUACAGUGAUGUUAUGGGUUUGACCCCAAGGGCCAUGUUAAGCACAGAGCCUAUUGAGUACCCAGAGAAAGUUUUCUUUAAGGGCCAGGUAGUCAGAUGUAAAGUUGUACAUGUUAACCCCCCAACCAAAAAACUCACGUUGACUUUUGUGCUUGAAGGGAAGACAGAGUUUGGACAGAGAACAAAAGAAAUGCCAAAGGACUUUAAAGCUGGCAAGAAAGUGAAAUGUAAAGUUUUGAAAAAGACUGAAACAGGUGUCGAUGUUGAGCUUGUCUCCUCCCACAUGAAGGCGUUCCUUCCCAAGACACACCUCUCAGACUCCAUGGAGAUGUGUGAUGCGUUAUGGAAUAUGUACAAACCUGGUGAUGUCAUAGAACAUGCGAUGUAUUGGCACAAAUCCAAAAUGCCUUUAUUGACAUGUAAACCUUGCCUUCUGACAUCAGCUGAGAAUGAGGAGGACUUUGUUACAACAUUUGAUCCUCUCACACCAGGUAUGAUGUUGCCCGGAGUUGUGAGGAACAUAAUGUCCUACGGUAUAUUUGUGGAGUUUGCAAAUGGAUUGUUUGGGCUUGUUCCUAUGCAGUAUGCUGUGGAUAAAAGGGUACCAGACAUUAAGGUAUUUUACCAGCCGGGCCAGACUGUUGUUGCUAAGGUUGUUGAGGUCAACAAGGAGAAACAACGGUUCCUGGCUUCACUGAGAAUGAAAGAUUGUUACCAUGGUAACACAGAAAUUGGAAUAGAACUUACAUGGAACUACCUGAAAGAACGGAAAAGGUUGUUAGAAUCCUUGCAGAAAACUAAAGAUAAGGGACUACUUACCAAGGUGGAAUUUGGUAGUGUGCACAAGGUUACAAUCACAAAGGUAACAAAAAUUGGAGCUAUAUGUGAACUGGAAAAUGGAAUCAAGGCCAUAGUUACAAAAGAUCAUAUGCCAUUUAAAGAGGAAGUAAGUGAAGGUCAGACAUUAGACAGUGUUGUACUUUAUGUUGACUUGAAACAGAAUUGUGUAGAAGUUUCCCUAGACUCCAAGCUUGUGCCACCAGUUAAAAAGAGAUUAGAAAAAGAUGAUUUACAAGCGGCCAGAGUUGAUCAGAUCUUGCAGUCUAAAGUUGUCCUUAUCAAAGAUGAUUUUAUAGUUGUCAAGUUAAGCGGCCAUGCCAAAGGUCAGCUGGCUUAUCUACCUGCUAGAAGGCAUUGGAAUGAUGUCUUAGAGAAACACCAGUAUACUGUUGGACAAGAAAACAAAGUCAAAAUUAAGAGGGUUGAAGGAGACCUGAUCUUGGCAUCUCUCAAAGUUCAUGAGGACAAGGCAGUGGAAGAUGAAGAUAAACUGAAUCAUGUACCUUCACAUAGUCUGAAUAUAGGUGACAUCUGUGAUGCCACUGUGCGAAAGGUAUACAAAGACCAGAUUUACAUCAAUGUCAAUGGGACGCAUGGAAGAGUCCAUGUCACAGAGAUGUUUGAUCAUGUCGAAAAUGGUAGCUGUCCACCGUUAAGGUUGACCAAGGGUCAGGAAGUGAAGGUCCGUGUUAUUGGGUUUAGAGAUAACAAAUCUAAAAAGUACCUCCCAAUUUCUCAUCCAAAGUUGAAGAAGGCUAUGCCAGAUUGUACAAUGAAACCUAGCAUUUUGUCAUUGGAUAAACUUCCAGACAGGUAUUCCUGUACCGAGAAUAACUACAGUGUUGGCGACAAAGUUGUUGCCUAUGUUGAUUGUUAUUCUUGCAACUAUGUAUAUACCCACGUGUCUCCUAGUGUUAGAGGAAAGGUUCAUCUUCUCAAUAUGUCCUCAAGCUUACAGGUGUUGAAGGAACCAGGGAAACAUUUCAGAACUGGCCAGGUUUACAACGCAACUGUCAUAAACAUAUACACAGACACACUGGUGGAACUGUCUCUCCUUGAUACACCGUAUGAGGAGGUAUGUCUUGGCAAGGAGACACAAGGUGUUGUUUGUUUAUCAAGGAAAGAUGCGGGUCUCGUCCUGCAGCUCAGGGAUGAUAUCCGUGGAACAGUGGAUCUUACAGACAUUUCUGAUAACUAUGUAGACCAACCAACUGAAGGUUUCAAACAAGGGGAUAUACUGACUGUUAAAGUUCUUGAACUUGACAAACUGUCGAAACAAGCAGUUGUAACAUUAAGACCAGAUGAGUCCGUCAGUAAACCAGUAGAUGAGAGGAUACAAAGUAUUUCUGACUUGACACGUGGACAGAUUGUUAGAGGGUAUAUAAUGCGUUUGUCAAAAGAAGGAAUAACAGUUAGACUUGGCGUUGGUGUAAAGUUUGUGUUAUCUCAGGGCAGUAUUGUGGAUGGGAAGUAUGUAAAGACACAAAUGAUGAAGAAAGAGCUCAAAGUCGGCAAUGUUAUCAGGGUGAAAUUUCUAGGGUAUGACAAAAAUAAUGAACCUGAAUGGUCAAUGCAAGAUGUUGAACGUAUUCCUAAACAGUGUCUCUCUGAUACACCAAUUCGGAAGAAUAAAAAGAAACGUAAAAGAUCCGUUUCCAACUCAUCAGCUGACUCUGAGGUCACUAAAGCGAAGAAGACUAAGUUGAAAAACAUAGAAACAUUGAACGAAAUUGACGAAAACAUUCAACUUGAAAUUGAAGGUUUGGAAAAAUUGGACAGAGAUGAUUUAGAUGAACGAGAUAGUGUUACUAAUAGUUCAGUAGUCAGUGAUCCUGGAAUGAAUUUGAGUGAUAGUAUUGAAGAAAGAAUAGAUAAAGAUUGGAAAAAUUUGAAAAUAUCUGUGUCAGGAGUUGGUGACGAUGACAAACAGGUUAAUAGAAGUGUGGUGGAAACAGAUGAUAUGUUAAUGACUAAGGAAGCUUCAGAAGAAAGUGAUAAUGAAAGUAUAUCAGAUUCAGAAGAAAGUAGUUCUGACAGUAGUGAUAAUGAAGAAGUUGAAAGAACUAGUAAACUUCCUGGUAAAAAUGAAUUGGAAGUUAUUUCAAAAAAGGAAGAUGCAAGUGAUGUGAGUGAGAAAAAUAAUGAAGACAAGUUAGAUACAUUAGAAGAUUCAGACACUGAGGCAAACCUAAGGAUUAAAGAGAGGUUAAGUAAAAAAUUGUCUGAAAGUACUAAAACUGUGAGACAAACAGACUCUAGUUCAGAAAAGAGUAGUCAAAAGCAGAAAACAAGAGGAAAUAAGAGAAGAAGUCAAUCAGAAUUGGAAGGAGAGUCACCUAAAAAGAAACAGAAGGAAAGUAUUAAGAAAGAGAAAGAAGUACCCAAAGAGACUGUUAACAGUGACAUAGAAGUGAAGGUGGUGACAAAGUCAGAUGUACAGGUGUCAGAAAAGCCAGUAUUAGAGGUUGGGGAUGGAUUUAGCUGGGAUACAGAUUUCAAGUUACCAUCCCUUAAACAAGGGGAGAUAAGUUCUGAUGACUCAGACGAUGAAGGAACAGAGAAACCGGUAAAGAAAUCAAAGGAACAAAUACGACAAGAAAAGAAGGAGGAAGAAAAACGAAUAUAUCAGGCUGAGAUGCAGCGUUUGGAAGGAGAAGUACAACCAGAAACAGCAGACGACUUUGAUAGACUGGUUCUACAAUCGCCGAAUAGUUCUCUAGUAUGGUUAAACUACAUGGCCUUCCAUUUAGGGACUACAGAAAUUGAUAAAGCAAGGGCUGUAGCUGAGAGGGCAUUGAAAACUAUCUCAUUUAGAGAAGAGCAGGAGAAGUUGAAUGUUUGGGUUGCCUACUUGAACCUAGAGAAUAUGUAUGGUACAGCAGAGACUGUGAGAAAAGUAUUGACACGUGCUGUACAACAGAAUGAUCAGAUCUCUAUAUAUCUUCAGAUGAUAAAUAUAUAUGUCAAAUCUGGCAAAACUGAGGAUGGGGAGCAGCUAUUUAACACCCUGGUGAAGAAACACAGUGGUAAUAAAGACGUAUGGAUCAAGUUUGGAGAGUUCUACUUCCAACAGGGUCGUGUUGAAUCUGCACGUAAACUUCUGCAACGUUGUAUGAAAAGUCUAGAUAUAUCACAACAUGUGGACACUAUAGUGAAAUUUGCCCAGAUGGAAUUCAAGCACGGGGAACCAGAGAGAGGGAAGACAAUGUUUGAAAACAUACUGAGUACCUACCCAAAACGUACAGAUCUGUGGUCAGUUUAUAUUGAUCUGGUCACAAAACUUGGAGAACUGGACACUGCUAGAUCUCUUUUCAACAGAGUCAUACAGCUGUUGUCUGCCAAAAAAGUGAAGUUUUUCUUUAGGAAAUACCUUCAAUUUGAAAAUAAACAUGGUUCCGAGGAUCAGGUGGCGGAAGUGAAGAGGAAAGCCUUGCAUUAUGUUGAAUCACAGGGAUUUGUAGACCAGUGAAUGAUGCUGAACUUAGUGAAACCACAGGGACAUGAUGCUGAAUAUGUAAACUUUUAAAUGAAGCUGUGGGAAUUUAUAGUUAACUUACAUGAGUUAUAUUGUCACAGUCCAGAAGAUCAGAGAUUUAAUCAGCAAAUGACUACAGAGACAAAAAAUGGUAGAAAUUUUGUUAUGAACAGUGCAAAAAUUGUAGUAUGUAUGUGAUACAUUGUAUUAAAAAAGAAAAAACUGCGUAUUCAUGAUAUAUAUAUAUGUAUUGCAUUAACAGUUUGUUUACAUUGUUGUGUCACUCUACUUCAUGUAAUAUGAUAUGAAGGAAGAACUGUUUUUUUGUGAAAUUGGAUCCAGAAUAAUUGAAUGUUUAUAAUUUUAUGUAUAAACAGGUUUAAGGAAGUAAAUAAAGACACAUUUUCAUGGAAGUAUGUAUGAACAGAAAAAAACAGUAAUGAGCGUGAUGUUGAGAUAAUUUUUUAACAGUAUGAAGAUUACAGUAUGGGCAAGAUUGAAUUGAUAUAUGCAGAUCUGUUAAAGAUGAUUUUUUAACCAUUGUGACAUAAUGUUAUAUUUCUCGGUAAACCUAUUACUAUUUUGUUGAGUUUAUGUAUUAAGAGAAUACAUAUUAAAUGAUCUACACAAAGGUGUGUUUGAGUCU